AUGAUAAAGGGCAGAAAUGAUAAGGACAGAACAGAAGCAGAAGAACUUAAAAAGAACUGGCAAGAAUACAAGGAAGAACUAACAAAAGAAUUCUAUCCUGAUGACGGGGAUAACCAUGAUGUUGUGAGCCCGGGUCUUCACGAGGGAGGGGCCCUGGGGCCUAGCAGCCCGGUGGGGGCGGCAGAGGCGAUGCAGGCCCCAGGUGGUGUGCCAGGCGAGGAGGCCACCCUCUACAGGGUGGAGGCAGUGGAGGAAGGUGCUGCCCUGGAAGGGGGAGAGGUAUCGGGAAUUGGGCAGGAUGUGCAGCUGCUGGUGUUAGACGUUAUGGAGGAGGUGGAGGUGGUGGUGUACGAGGAGCAGCAGCAGGUGUCCUCGGAGGAGCAGGGCCAAGAACUUGCAAGGCCCGGAACUCCGAGUGACCGGCCAGCACUGGAGGCCCUGGCGGCCCUGCAGCUGGAGCUGGAGCCCGUGAAUAAGCAAGCCCAAAGGGCGCAUGCUCGCCUGAAACAUAAGAACUGUCAGAGGCAGACGCUCCAUCUAGAACACAGAAGCGCCAUCAUCCAGGGAAUCCGUGGUUUCUGGGUCGAAGUUUUUAUGAGCCACCCCCAAAUGUCACGUAUGAUGACCAGCCAAGACCGAGACAUGCUUCACUUCAUGACCAACUUGAAGGUGGAGGAACUCCGGCAUCCCACUCAUCACUGCACAAUCACGUUGUCCUUUCGGAGGAAUAGGUAUCUCCAAAAUGAAGUGGUUGUUAAGGAGUAUCUCGUUUACAUCACUGGAUACCGAGCAUCCCAUUCCACUCCCAUUCAGUGGCACCAGGGGUUUGAACGUAAGGCAUACAGACGCAGGCACCAUGACAGCAGCGUUAACUUCUUUAACUGGCUCUCUGACCACAACUUCGCAGGAUCUGACCAGAUUGCUGAGAUCAUCAUAAAGGAGCUGUGGCCCAAUCCUUUGCAGUACUAUGUGAGGAAGGAGGCUCCACCACAAGAGGAACUGGGAGGACGAGAGGUGAGGAGCCCAGGGGAGAUUUUGAGAAGCUUAAUGAUGGAGUGUCCCCUUUUACCUAAACUAGAAUACCUAAGAAGCUGCUUCACGUGCAGAUCAAUGGCCACCAUAAGGCUCUUGGACGGGAGAGUACUGAAGAGUGGCCUGGAUCGAGUGGAACAGAUCGAGAGGGAGACACAACUCUCAGACGGCCUCAACUAUUCAGCCAAAAUCAUCCGGGGCUCCCUGGACAGCCUGCCCCAGGCUGUGAGCGAGUUUGGGGAGAGCAGCGACAAGCUGUGCCGGCCUGACCAAGUCCACAUCUGCGAUGGCUCCAAGAGGAGAACCGGCAGCUGCUGA